UAGCAACGUAUUCAAAUGGCUUGCUGAUGUGACUUAUGUGACUUGUUCAGCUCAGUAUACUCAUUGUGAGUCAUAGCACUUUGAACUACUUCAAACCUUUAACCUCCCUCAGCACUCCUCAGCACUCCGCAGCACUCUCGCUAGACAGCCAGCAGAGACUAUGACUGUAGAACAGGGUCGUUUCCGCUAUCCCUACAUCAAAGUGAUAGACGCACCAAAGGGUUUUAAAAGUACUGCUUUGAAGGAGCUCGUGAAUUACAGGGGUGCCAUUCAGCGCACAUCCCCAACGACCACCGAAAUCCUCAUAGAGUGCAAGCUCGAUGAAGAAGAGAAAAUCUUAAAGUCCCUGACGACUCUGCUCAUCAAAAGCAAGACAACCAUGAUGGAAGGCGAUGGCAUUCAGUCGUUACCGUCAGCUGUGUUCAUGGACUGGAUGCCUUGAGCUGUGCAGGCGACAAGCUGCCAUGAGUGCAGUGUUGCGCACCGUAAGCGA